UCAUCUCAUGAAUGUUUUCUUUUCAAUAGCAUUCGAUUCUGUCCAUUUUCAUGUUAUACGAUUUUAGUGUUGUUUCGCUCUCCUCUCCUGUAGUGCUUAAAUUAAAUGUCAGGUGAUUCACCGGAGGGGACAACCAUCUCCAGUCGCCGGAGUACCGUCCGCGUCGUAGUUCUCGGUGAUCAUGCGACUGGUAAAUCAAGCCUAAUCACCGCAGCUGCCUCCGAUACUUUUCCCGAAAAUGUUUUACCUGUUCUUCCUGUCACUCAUCUUCCUGCCGACUACUUCCCCGAUGGCAUUCCCGUCACAAUCAUUGAUACUCCAUCUAGUUUGGAAGAUAAAGGUAAGGUAGAGGAAGAACUGAAGCUAGCCGAUGCAAUAGUAUUAACGUAUGCGUGUGAUCAACCUGAAACCCUCACUCGCCUUCAGAACUUUUGGCUUCCUGAAAUUCGGCGCCUAAAGGUAAAGAUACCAGUGAUUGUGGUUGGAUGCAAGUUAGAUUUGCGCGAUGAACACUACCCUAUUAAUCUAGAGCUGGUGAUGGGUCCAAUUAUGCAACAGUUUAGGGAGAUCGAGACUUGUAUAGAGUGUUCUGCAGCUAACCUUGUCCAGGUAACUGAGGUCUUCUAUUAUGCUCAAAAGACAGUGCUUCAUCCAACAGCCCCCUUGUUUGAUCAAGAAUCUCAAACUUUGCAGCCUCGCUGCAUAAGAGCAUUAAAAAGGAUAUUUUUACUUUGUGAUCAUGAUAUGGAUUCUGCCCUGAAUGAUGACGAGUUGAAUGAAUUUCAGGUUAGGUGUUUCAAUGCUCCUCUUCAACCUUCUGAAAUAGUGGAUGUUAAGAGAGUAGUGCAAGAAAAGGUACCUGAAGGGGUCAAUCGUCUUGGGCUUACUCUAAAAGGAUUUCUGUAUCUUCAUGCCCUAUUUAUAGAAAAAGGUCGCCUUGAGACUACAUGGACUGUUUUACGUGAAUUUGGGUACAAUGAUGAUCUUGAACUCGAGAAAGAAAAUCUUCCUGUUCCAUCUGAAAAGGCUCCUGAUCAGAGUGUUGAAUUGACGAGUGAAGCUGUUGACUUCUUGAAAGGGAUUUUCAGAUUGUUUGAUUCUAACAAGGAUGGAGCUCUACAAGAUUCUGAACUUGAUGAGAUGUUUUCAACUGCACCAGAAAGGUGGGGUCCAUGGAAUGAAGCUCCUUACAAGGAUUCUGUUGAAAGAACUGAACUAGGAGAUCUUACACUUUCUGGGUUUCUCUCUCAGUGGGACCUAAUGACAUUAAUUGACCCACCUCAAAGUUUGGCCUAUUUGAUAUACCUAGGAUACACCGGUGAUCCUGCAACAGCCUUUUGUGUUACUAGGAAAAGAUCCUUAGAUUUUAAGAAGCAACAUACUCAAAGACAUGUUUUUCAAUGCUUUGUUUUUGGACCCAAAAAUUCUGGCAAAUCUGCAUUGUUGACUUCAUUUGUGGGAAGGCCUUUCCAAAGCAAAUAUAACUUAACAAGCGAUCAAUGUUAUACAGUGAACACUGUUGAUCAACUUGGGGGGACUAAGAAGACUCUUAUAUUGCAUGAAAUUCAAGAAGAUGAUGUUAAAGAAUUGCUAUCCAGUAAGGAGUCAUUAGCUGCCUGUGAUGUAGCAGUUUUUCUUUAUGACAGUUCGGAUGAGCAUUCCUUGAAAAGAGCAUCAGAACUACUGAUGGAUGUAGCCAUGAAAGGAGAAGAUAGCGAGUAUGCUGUCCCUUGUCUCUUAGUUGCAGCUAAAGACGACUUACAUCCGUAUCCAACAUCACUCAAAGAUUCAGAAAUGAUAUGUCUGACUAUGAAAAUAGACGCACCAAUCCGCAUGAGCGUGAAAGAAAAAGAUACAAAUGAUGCAUUCCUCAGAAUUGUUAAUGCUGCUGAACGAUGUCAUUUGAGUGUUCCCGAAACCGAACACGGGAGAAACAAGAAGCAUUACCAACAACUUGUCAACCGUUCUCUCGUUAUUGCUUCUGUAGGAGCUGCUGUUGCUGUAGUUGCAUUUGCAGCAUACCGAGCUUAUGCUUUAAGGAAGAGUAACUCUGCCAGUUAAGUAAAGGCUUAGCUACACCGAAGGAGUCAAAAUAAGCGGUUUCUUACUCUCCAUUUAUACUUACAUUUUUAAAUUAAUUGCUAAUUAUAGAAAAAUAGUUAUUGGACCCAUUUUUUUUUAACUUCCGUUUUGGUUUUACGUAGUUUUAGCCAUGUCAUGUUAUUCAUAACUCCGUUGCUCAAAAAAUGUCAUUGUAUUUUUUUUAUGAUUAAAUAGUAUUGUAC